GACCCGACCCGCUAGAAGACUGGCCAAUCACAGGCAGGAAGAUGAAGGUUCUGUGGGCUGCGUUGCUGGUCACUUUCCUGGCAGGAUGCCAGGCCAAGGUGGAGCAACCGGUGGAGCCAGAGACAGAACCCGAGCUUCACCAGCAGGCUGAGUGGCAGAGCGGCCAGCCCUGGGAGCUGGCACUGGGUCGCUUUUGGGAUUACCUGCGCUGGGUGCAGACACUGUCUGAGCAGGUGCAGGAGGAGCUGCUCAGCCCCCAGGUCACCCAGGAACUGACGACGCUGAUGGACGAGACCAUGAAGGAGUUGAAGGCCUACAAAUCGGAACUGGAGGAACAGCUGAGCCCAGUGGCGGAGGAGACGCGGGCACGGCUGUCCAAGGAGCUGCAGGCGGCGCAGGCCCGGCUGGGUGCCGACAUGGAGGAC